GUGUUCCAGGACCUUGGCACUUCGGUGUUGUCGGGCGCGUUUAGAGGAUACAACGUCUGCCUCUUUGCAUAUGGACAGACAGGUUCAGGAAAAACUUACACAAUGAUGGGAACACCUGCAUCCAUUGGGCUGACACCUCGUAUAUGUGAGGGCCUCUUUUCAAGGAAGGAGGAUUACUCAGAUCAGACAGCAUCUUGUAGAGUGAAGGUCAGCUUUCUUGAAAUCUAUAACGAGCGUGUCCGAGAUCUGCUGAAGCAGUCAGACCGCAAGAAGCCUUACACGCUUCGAGUCCGAGAGCACCCCGACACAGGACCAUAUGUACAAGGAUUGACUCAACAUUUAGUUACAGACUACAAGCAAGUUGUACAACUUCUAGAAGAAGGAAUAGCUAAAAGAAUCACAGCAGCUACACAUAUUCACAAUGCCAGCAGCAGAUCCCAUGCUAUCUUCACCAUCCACUACACUCAGGCUAUAUUGGAAAAUAAUCUCCCCUCUGAAAUUGCAAGUAAGAUCAACUUAGUGGACCUUGCAGGCAGUGAAAGAGCUGAUCCCAGUUACUGCAAAGAUCGAAUUACUGAGGGUGCCAAUAUUAACAAGUCAUUAGUUACACUUGGAAUUGUCAUCUCCACUUUAGCUCAAAACUCUCAGAUGUUCAGCAGCUGCCAGAGCAUAAACACCAUAACGAGUGAAGGGGAGAGCAGUCCCAUGGACAGUCCUGCUGCAGGCAGUGUCAGUGGGAGCAGGCGACCAGCUUACAUCCCCUACCGUGACUCCAUCCUCACCUGGCUUCUGAAGGACAGUCUGGGGGGCAACUCCAAGACCAUUAUGAUUGCCACAAUCUCUCCUGCCAGCUCCAGCUACAACGAGACCAUGAGUACCUUGAGAUAUGCUUCAAAUGCCAAAAAUAUUAUUAACAAGCCCAGAGUGAAUGAGGAUGCCAAUGUAAAACUGAUCAGAGAACUGCGAGAAGAAAUUGAUAGGUUGAAAACUAUGCUGAUGAGCUUUGAACUGAGGAAUUCCAGUCCUUCUUGGAGUGAUGACAGGGACAGCAAUCUGACUGAGCUGGUUCUUAAGAAUGAAAUGAAGAUUGAGCAAUUGACCAAAGACUGGACAAAUAAGUGGACAGACAGGAAAGCCAUCAUGGAAGAAUACAGUGUGGACAUCAACAAAGAAAAAGCUGGAGUAACAAUAGAUUCUAGUUUACCUCAUCUGAUGGCCAUGGAUGAUGAUAUCCUCAGCACAGGAGUGGUGCUUUAUCAUCUCAGGGAAGGAACAACCAAAAUUGGAAGAAGUGAUUCAGACCAAGACCAAGACAUUGUUCUGCAGGGGCAGUGGAUUGAAAGGGACCAUUGUAGGAUAGACAACGACUGCGGGGUCGUGACGCUGCGGCCCGCCCGGGGCGCGCGCUGCACGGUCAAUGGGUGUGAAGUCACUGGAUCGUGUCGUCUGUCACAAGGUGCCCUUGUUGUCCUUGGCAAGUCUCAUAAGUUUAGGUUCAAUCACCCAGCAGAAGCUGCUAUCUUAAGACAAAGAAGAUCAAUUAAUGAAACCUCACCCAUUCUGAGUUGUGGAGCUUUGGACUGGCUCAACUUGGAUGGAAGUUGCACCCAUUCUCCUCACUGUAUCCUUUCUGCUCUUGACAAUCAAAAAUGUAGAAACUGUAAAGAAAACAAAUGUUCAUCAGAACUAAGCAGAGAAAUAGAUGCUGUGCAUGAAGAGUACAAGCAGAAACUGAGAGAGCAGGAAGCUUUCCACAGAAGACAAAUUCAACGGCAGCAGCUGUAUGUUGAGGAUUUAAAGCAGCAGAUCCUGAGAGGACAGAUAAAAGCAGAGCGGGAGCUAGAAAAUGACCAAGCACUAAUCAACCAGCAGAUCCAAGAAAACCAGCAGUGGCUUAUAAAUGAGAAUAAACGACUGGCUGCCCUUCAGCAACAGCAGAGGGAGUUUGCAGUGCAAACAGAGCCUACGCUGUAUGCAGAGGCCGAGGUGCAGAGUACGUUUGGGCUGGAAAUCUGCCCUUCCCUGCUGCAGCAGAACAAGAAGAGGCUGGUGCAGCUGGAGCUCUUGCAGAGAUACUCCUUAAAAAAGGCAGAAAGAAACAUAAGACGGAAGAAGGUCAAAUUCCAUCUGGAAAGAAUAGUCAAGAAGCAGAAGUUAUUGGAAGCCAAGCAAAACCUAGAGCAGCUAGAAGCUAGCUGCUGGCUCAGUGAAGAGUGUGUGAAGCAAUCCCAAGUCCUAAAUGAAAACACUGCUGUUUGGUCCGCUUUGGAUCACCAGUUGCAAAAGAGAAGGAAGUCGUUGGGUUCAGGUUCCUCGCAGCACAGGCAGCGUUCAUUCUGUACUCCACAUCUGCCCCAGGUACCCAGCUGUUUGUUGAAUGGGGAGACUGUCUCAGAGUUAUCUACCUCACCAAAUACUGAUCAAUGCUGUGAAGGCAAUACAAAGUGGAGGUUGUCAUCUGUAGAACAUCUUUACAAAAGAGGUAAAGAUGUUUCUGGGAGUGAUGACCUUAAUGAUGAAAAAGGGAUCCCCUUUUCAGUCCAGAGGCAGCUAACUGAAGAACAGAAAACAUCUUCAUUUGGAAAUAAAAAAGGAGCAGAAAAAGACUCUAAUGAUUCAGCUACCAUGGCUUACAUCAAUAAAAAUGAUCAAAAAAUUGAAAUGUUGGAUGACAACCCAGGGCAAGCUGGAUCUCAAACCCAGACCUCUAAAGGCUCCUCUCUUGAUCUUUUUAAGGAGAAAGAUGAGCCUGAAACCUUUAUUACAGGGAAAAGAAUGACAAAAGCAAAGGUGCUAAGAGAUCUAAGUCAGCCUGCAAGUAGCAAUCUAGAACAAAAUAGAGCUCAGGUAGCCAAUAAAAAGACUAGCAUGGAUAUCAAUGGAAAAGGCCACAGGUCUUCUGCAGAAAACUUUCCUAAGGAAAUGAAGAAAGUGGUGUCUGGAAACCCACCAUCAGUCCAUCUAAACCAGACAGCCAAGAACUGGAAGAGAGCACCAAACUCAGCCUUGCCAGGUCAUGAGAAGUCAUCAGUGGAACAGCAAGAAUUUAUGAUGGUGGCAACAUCAGUAGGAAACCUCACGAAGAUGAACACACAGGCACCACUCUCUUAUGUAGAGAAAAAGUGGCACAGUGCUGAGAUGCUGAGUGCUGGCGUGUCCAAAACAGCCACAGAUGUGCUGGGCAACUGGCAAGAGGAUGAUGAAAAUGAGAUUUCUGAUACUGACAGUUCCUAUUCUGUAGAUUCUCUCUCCUGCGCUUAUGCGAAAGCUUUCACAGAGAAACCAAAACAAGAGGAUUUUGACAGAAACAGGUGUCUUGCCAACCCAGAGGAUUCUGAGAGCGAUGACAGUCAAAUGUCACAAGACUCUCUGAUAGAAAAGGAAAAUAAAGCCAAAAAGCAAAGCAAGAGCCGAUUUCACAAGUCAGAGGCCCCGCACGAGCCAGCUAAGCUUUACAAAAGCCGAACUGAUCACCCUAUUUCCCCUCUGGUGACCUACAUAUCUCGAAGGGGACUGGGAAAGCCUGAAAGAAGCUUUUCUCUGGACAGCUUGGCUGAUGGAGAAGAGAUGCCAGCAGAAGAUCCAGUAGAAGAAUCCAAAUCUGAUUCCUCUGAUGAAGUGCCAGCGGAGAUUUUUUGGAAGUUACAAACCCCUACAUCACCAACUGUGCAGACUGAGGAAGAGCAUGAGUCCAAGGCCUGUGACAGAGAUACAGAAGGGACAAAUUACGAUUUGAAGCUGAGCAGUUCCUUUUAUUUGGACACUAAACCACAGCCUGCCUCCAGUAAUGCUUGCAAGCAGUUGCUGAAGGGGACAAAAGUCUCCUUUGUAGAACAAGAAAGGUCUCGUGGUAGAAGACUGUAUUGUGCAAGCGGAAAUCCUUUGCUUACUACUGAUGCUUGGUCUUCCUGUGACUCAAAGGUUGACUUCAGCAGCCCCAGAAUAACAGCACCUUCUUCCCAUGCAAAUUUGGAAUUUCAAGAAGCUCAUUUGUGCUCCAAACCAGAGCUUUGGCUAAGGAAAGAUGAACUAAAGCAGUCAGCUGCUGAAGUUGCUUUUGUUUCUGGCUCUAAGCAGAUACGCAGCAUUACUCACUUCUCACAUCGUAUAAAUGAAUUAAACACAGUUUUCUCCUCUGACACAUCAGAAGUACCUUUACCUGAAACAACAGCAACUGCAAGCAGGGUUUCUGAGAGUAGAUUGUUAAAUAAGAUUCUUAAGGGAUGGACAGAUUCUAAUGAAAAUUCUUCCUCGGAAUCUCAAAAUGUAAUGUCCUCAUUUGUUAGCUCAGUAGGACCAAGCUCCUCUUUUGUUCCUGUUUCAGCAAAGCAUGAUUAUUACAAACAUUCAAGGUCAAAUCAUCCUGAACAAGAACAACUGAAUGAAUUAUCUACUUACAUGUCUACCACGGAAUGCACGGAAACGUUCAGCUGUUUGGAAAGUGCCUCCACUGCAGACUGCUUGUCACUGGUAUCCAGGAAAGAGGAGAAUUCUCUCCCCAUAACUCCUCCAGAGCUGACGCAAGAUCCCAGUCUGGAAAAGACACCUUUUAUUUCUGUGUUGCCUAUGCAAAUCUCAGAGCAGAAAAAUGGCUGUGUAGAUGCAGAUUUCGAGGAUGAUUUCUUCAGAACUUUUGAAAAAGAUGACCUCGAUGGUGACUACAAUAAAUUGGUGACAAAAUCAAGUACAACAGAUUCAGGCAGUGGAAGUGCAUCUGUCAGUGCACCUGCUGCUGAAUUUUCUACAGGACUUGCUCAUAAUAUGACCUCAACAGAGGUAAAACAAGCCCAAUUUGGAAGCCAUGGGCAGCUUUUUCCAAGAAGGGAGAUACCAACAUAUUGUGAUGAAGGUUUCUUUCUCAGUGACUUAAAAAACAAGAACCAUUCUCUAGUCAACAGUUAUGAGCUUCAGACAUUCUCUGGCCAAGGAGCAGAAUCAGCUGUUGCAGUUGGCCUCCUCAGGUCUGGGGAGAGUGAUCUGGAAACAACACAAGAAACAGAUUGUGAACGAAUAUCUGCAGAAGAAACAAGAGAGACAGGUGUUUCCUCACAGAAGACAACGUAUCAAUGUAACGCUUUAGUUGUUGCUCGCAGCACAAGUUACGACCAAUCUGCAGCGCCAAUAGAGAUGACUCAAAAAGAGAUUUUCUGUAUGGAAUCUAGCAUAGAUAGCUUGGCAGAUAUUGCACCAGAGGUGCCUUCAUUCAGAGACACUGAAGAAUGUGAGCCAAAGGGUGAAGACUUGUCUUUACUGAAUCAUUAUGAAUUCAAAAGAAAACCUCUUUCAAAAAAUUAUCCCCAUGAGUGUGCUUUAGCAGACAGUCAGGCAAGUUGCUUAUCCCAACAGAGUUCAGAAAAUUCUACAUUGUGCAUUGAUAAUAGAAGAGAAGAAAGCAGUGGAAGCGAAGAACACAAUGUCUUGAAUGCUCAGUCUGUAGCUGAGAAAGAAUCUUCAUCCAAAUAUGAAAACUUAGUGAUAAAUGAAAUGAGUUAUCUCAUAGUGAACGGAAAUGGAAAAGACACUGAGUUGUUCCCUGCUGCUAUUGGUGAGAGCACAAGUGAUGUUCUCCCAGAGGCCAACUCCAGCAUGUUUUACAAAGGUUCACCAAAAGCAGAUCUUUUUCAGAGUGCAUCUGAGACUGAAAAUUAUGAUACACUGGUGGAGCAUGGCACAGUAGUGAAGGGAGAUUGCAAUGCUACAUCUAAUCUUUCUGUGGAAGUCAGCACCACCAGAAGUUGUUGUGAUGUACGUUCUGUCUGCCUGUGCACAGCAUCCUCUUCAAAAUCAACAGGGCAGAAGAACUGUAUGUGUAAGGUGACCGACGUUUCUGCGGAAUUUGAUGCAACCAGUCUCUUGGAAACAGAAACAAAGAAUAAAUCUUUACUUGAACCAAGGGAAGAGAAAGAAGCCUUUUUGGAAAGUGAUUGCCAAGAGGAUAUCUUGCUUGAAGAUGGUGUAAACUCAAAGCUGGGAAGAGUAUUUGAAUACAACACAAAUAUGUCAGCUACUGCUUCUCAAGAAGAGAGUCUGUAUGUAAAUAAAGAAUCCGAAUUUUUAAGAAACCCAGAAACUGAUUCAGAAGAAACUAUAGUCCCUUACCAAAAUACAAAAGCAGACCCUGAUGAAGAAUUAACAAAAUUAAUGAAUUGUGCAAUCAAAUUAGAUAAAGAAGCAUUGAGAAUUAAAUCCAGACAGACUGAAAGUUUACCUGACUACCCAGUAGUCCAAGUCCAAAGUGUAGCUGAAGACAGGAGUGGAGAGGAUUUUAAAGGCAUUAGUCUAUCUCAGAAUCCAAAGAAACCUAUUGAUAUUGUAGCUUGUGAGGUUCAAUGUGAGUUCUAUACAAAUCUGUGCCUGACACAUGAAGAGGUGGAGAAAGAUGAACUGGAGGUAGGCAGCACCAGGGCAGAGCACACUCAGGGAUCACAAGCACUGGUGCGUUCUGGCAGCCAACUUGAAACAAGCAGCUUUUGCCAAAAAGAAAAAAGGGAGAAAACAGAUAGAGGUGUUUAUGCACCAGAGUUUUCUGUUGCUCCCCAAAACACUCCUUCAGCUGUGUCUUCCCACCCAACAGAUAAUACUCAGAGUACUUCAGGCUUCCUUGAUACUUGUGAGGGGCUUUUACAGAUGAACCAAACAAUAGAAAAUGCGUUUAAUACAGAGGAUGUAGUUGCAACAGUAUUAAUCACAAGUAGGCAUGGAAAUAUUCUAGCAAAACCUGAAAAUGAGGGACAGUUAAACUCUAGCAAUUUAACUGAACCUUGUGUACCAAACUGUUUGCCCCAGGAAGACAAGGCUAAUGAAUGUAAAGUGACUGGGAGCCAAGAACAAAUUACCCUGAUGAACACUGACGGGCUGAUCGUUACGAGGCAAGAAGUCAUAUGCACAGAUGAGAAUGUUUUAUUUACUGAGGAGUCUCCAGCUCUACAUCAGAUGUAUUGUGACACAGAUGACAAAGAGGAAAUUUUAAAUCCGUUUAAGAUCCCUGAAAGAUACCUGACAGCUUCAGGACUAGAGGAGAAUAUACUGUUAGAAGAUGAUUCAAGUUACCAUGAUCCUACUGAAAUGAGUGAAGAUGGUGGCUCAGUGGACUCUCUUACAGAUACAAGAAAUGCAGUCAUGAAAGAUACAGAUGCAUGUGAAUAUUUGGUUGAUGCUGGUACAGGUAUUGACCAAUAUAGAAUAGAACAAGAAUUUAAAGGUCUCCACAUUAAAGAGGACAGCCAUACAUACAUGAGCUGCUCUAUGCAAUAUCCUGAGCAUGGCACUUCAGAAGACUUGAAUGCAAGUAUUGUUAGAAAAAGAUCUGAUAUUUGUGAGUUGGAUCCAGUAGGUUCCAGAGUGAAGGAGGAGAAAGUGCCUCUGAUGAAUCUAGUACAAAUGGCCAAAACAGACAAAGAAAAGCAGAUGUCUGCAGAAAACACAGAGGAGGUAGAACUGAUCAUUUUACAACACCUGAACGAACUGUUCCCUGAAGACAAAGACAGCUGCCAAACGACACAUGAUGAGAGCAGAUUAAAAGAAAUCUUAAGAGAAAGCCAGUGGAUGUCUACCAGCUUUUCUGGAAAUAGUGAAGAUACCAGCAAGCAACAAAAUCCAGCAGCGACACUGAUGUCUACUGAAAAAAACCAAGAAGGCUCGCUGAAGGAGUCUCCAUGCCAGUCCGUAAACCAUCUUUUAUAUCUUGGAGUAAGAGAUGAUUCCCAUCUUGUUCAAGGUGUUCCCACUGCACUGAAAGGACCUACAAAACCAUCCAACAUCAGUGUUGGAAAUGGAGCUGUUCUGCCUUACUACGAAACGUUACUGCAGGGUGAGGUCUGUGUCGGUACGCCUGUUACCGUCGACAAAAUGAGGGGAAGCAAAGAUGUUUCUGCUAAAAUGCUGAGUGAGAAAGUAGCUUUUCUGCAAACCAGGGCCACACAAGACAGGCAGGAGGAAGAAUCCUGUGUAUUUAACAGUGUACCUGCUUAUGAGCAACCUGUCAAUGAGAACAGCUCUUCCUACGGUGCAGGCAGUCCCGAGUGUGAAACUGUUGUACUUCAGCAAGGGGCCAAAGGAAGCUUGUUUUCCUUGGAAAAAUUAGAGUCUUCUGAAGAUAAAAUUCAGGGCGUUAACGAUGCUAAUGAAGAACAGAGUGUGGAUUUAAAGGUUAAUAAACUAUCAAAAGACUGCCUUAAUUCCAUGGAAGAUGCAGCUCAAGAGGAAAAGGGCACCACUGUGCCUGACUCACUGCUCCUGGAGAAUUCAAACCCACUGUCUUCUUCAGAGCAAGAAGUGGUGGAAGAUCGAGGGCAGGGGGAAAUGCAUCCUUUACUAGAAAUGUCUUUGCAAAAACCGUUUCACAGUAUUAAUGCAACUCAGAAAGUACUUCACUCAGGGACUUUAGCACAGCAAGAUGAGAAGGAGAAAUUUUUAAGCACAAGCUAUACUACAACAAACAGUAAAAAUGGCAGUGCAGAUUUUCCUGGUGUAGCUGGGUAUCAGCGAGAGCCCAGAGAAAAUCAGGAGCACUGGACUUCUACAGAGUGCUGCAUAGACCAACCAAGCAGCACUGUUGCUGAGAACACUUCAACCCCUUCAGAAUUUCUAAAUUAUAAUAGGAACUCAGGCACUUCUGAACAUUCUCUUGGUCUCCUGAAUCAUCCAGCAUCAUCUACAGAUGUUUUUAUUGCCAACAACAGAGACAAAGGUAAAAAUGAUAAUAUUCUCUCUGAAGAAACAAAGUACUUUGAAAGUAAAUCAACUGAUUUAAGUAUAUCUGUAACUUUUGCUGAUGUUUCUCAAAAAGGAAGUGAAAGGAAGAAUAGUUCUGCAGUUGCAGAGGCCACAUAUGCUCAGAAUAGUAAACGCCUGGAAAAAGUUGUGGAAACAGAUCAAAAGGAGAAAAUAAUCCAAGGUUCUUUUCAGAACUGCAGUGACAUAGAAGAAAAUAAAAUUCAUGAGUACUCAGAACACUACAGUAACACUCCUAGUGUGACUGUACCAGAGUCAGGCUCACUUACUUUUCAGAGCCAAGGACAGACUGGCAGUCAAGAAUCAAAGUCUCUUCCAUCCUACCUUGCAGAAGAGAUGCCAGCUGAUACACCAUUUCAAAGCUCCAAGAACAUCAGUGCUUUUGACACUUCUUGUUUACCAGGUGACUCAAAAUCUCUAAUAUUUGGUCAUCUUGAGGACUCAUUUCAUGACACUUUUUUGGCUGAGCAAGUGUCCAGCAGUUCUGCAGAUACAUGCUCUGUAAAAGAAGAUUUCCCCCAAGUACUUGCAAGUGUCAAUCACCCAUCCCUAACGCCGUUUUCAGGAUCAUCUUUAACUGCAGACACAGGCCACGGUGAAGCUGGCGCGUACGAUAUUUCACAGGCAAAUGUUUUGAGAUGUUCUCCAUUUGCUGUUUUGCAAAUACAAGACACUCAGUCUGAUAAGGCUGUGGUGUUUGAUGAGCCAAUGCAUACGUCAGGAAGUAUCUUACUGUCUCUUGCAAAAGAAAACAGACACUGUCCAGUAUCAGACACAGACUCUACUCCAUAUAAAAACCGUGCUGUAGAUGGGGAACCUGCAUAUGGAAGCAACUGUCAAAAAUUUGACAACGAUAGAAAAGCUGAUCAGCACCACUGGGGUAAAGUUCCACCACAAGAAGCUUUCACAGAACACACAGAUAAAGUAGAAAAUGCUACUUCUCUUUUAUUGCCAUCUUUACCUUUUUGGAAUACUAGAAGGGCAAUUCUUGUUAAAGAGGGACAGAGGAGAAAACUACUUGACAGAAAUUUGGAAGAACUGCAUUCAAAUACCGAGGCUGAACAUUUUGCAGUAAAGGCAGAGCACAGAAAAACAUUAAGCAGAGAACUUGUUGAAGAGCAAACUAAUCUAGUAUCCUCAGAUUGUGCAAAUGAAGUAGUAGGCUCAGAAGUUACAAUGUGGGAAAGUCUGUGUCCAGGAGGUGUUGAUGUGGGUCCUGAACACACCUGCAAUUCGUAUAGUCCAACAUAUCCCACGUUCAGCAGAAGCACUGAUCCCAGACGAGUGUACCACACUGUCUUGGGUUUUAGAAAAAAACCUGCAGAUCUACAAGAUAAUUGUCAGUAUGUGCCUACAGGUGAAGAGAUAGAACAGGUGCUAGAUACAACAAAUACAGAUGGUAGAAAAGAAGUUUUACUUUGCAAAAAUAAUACAGGUUCAAGCAUUGAUAGUCAUGAUGCUGACAGUUGUUCAACAGCAGGAGAUGUUAUAAUGAGGAAUAAGACUCUGCAGUCAGAAAGACUAAAAUUUUCUGCAAAGAAUAAUGAAAGUACCUCCCUAAAGUUUUUACCAGAAAAACAUUAUUUGUCUCCUCAAGAAUCCAAAUUGGUGCAACUCAGGAGCAAAAGAUCAUAUUCUACUACACGGAAUAAUACAAAGAGCUGUAAACAAAGUGAACAGAGACCUUAUUUACAAAGUCACAGACUAUCAGCUCCAGCUAUUGCUGUCUUCUCUGAUAUAGAAUAUGGUUUGGAAGCUUCAUCUAAGGUAGAUCCUUUGUUAUAUUCUGCAUCUAAAUCACUACAAGAUUUAAAUAUGAGCGUAGAACCUCCAUCACCAACUGAAGAUGAUCUUCAUGGAACUGAAAGAUUUUCAAAGCAGGAAUCAAAGAACUUUCUACAGGUUAAAUCUAGCCCCAGAUUUCAGCAAAGAGCGACACAAACUAAGAAGCUUGCAAAGUGUGACCCACAAAAUUUACAAAAUUUUGCAGCAAGAACCCAAAGCAGCCAGUCUUUAAAAGACUGUACCACUCAAUCUCCACCAUCCUUGCUGCACACAGGUCACAGUUCCCUGGGUGCAGAAGCAGAUGUCCAUUCCAAGAGUAGUUCUGUAACUCAGUGUAGUGAAGGGAAAGUUGGCGAAGCUGGAUACCAGCCAGAAACAGAUUUAUUUUUGCAAGACAAUAAAGAUACAAUGCAUUUUAAUUCAAGUGAUAUCAACCCAUAUAUUCAUCCAUGGCAAAGAGAUGGAUCUUGCAAGAUUGGCUGGAAACAGUAUGUUUUUGGAAGUGCAAGUGACGUUUCCUGCAAUCAAAUUCCUAUAAACCUGGAAAAUCGUAAAGUUAUGAGAUGUUCCAGUGUAGACAAUGGAUUGAAUGCUCAAAAUUCUCCAUUUCAUUCUCAUCUCAGUUCGUAUGCCACAGCAAAAGUUUUAUCAAGCACUUUGAGCAGCAUUGAAGGUCUUCAAGGAUGGGACGAUGUCAGACAAGACUUUCAGUCUGCAUACUCCAGUGACAGUACUAAGCAGUGUAGCAACAUAUCCAGUGAAACGUUGAAAACUAGUCCAGGAAACAACACUGCUGAAUUUGAGAAUCCUUUGGCUCAACCUAGUAACUCUGCAAUGCAGGUUGAUGAAAUUGUACUAUUAUAUCCUUCUGAGUCUGAAAUGUCUUCCAAAAAACAACCAGGGGUUACAUGUGAGCAAGGAACACAAACAGCAACGACAGGAAGGUAUAAAAGGCAAAGAAGACAGCAGAGAAGCUAUACAGAUGUUUCUGCAAGAAAGCAGGAAGCAAACAAAGAUUUAUUUCAUCAGCCUUCUUCUUGGACAAGCAUGCAGAACCUGUCCAUGCAUCUGUCACAGCUCAUUCAGAACACUUCUGAGCUGUUGGGAAACCUCUCCCAACAGAGUAUGAUAGAGAAUGAGCAGAAUGCCAAAAUCAGCCAAAGAGGAACUGAAGAGGCUGUAAAGGCUACUAGAUCAGAUAGCUGCACCCAGACUACAGCAGAUGUAGGCACUCAAACUGAGGUCUUGGAAGAACCUCAAAGCAAACAUGAAGAAAAGCAAGUGGAGGCAAAAAUGGAAAACGAAUUGAGGGCAGCUCGGGCAGUAAAUGUUGAUUGGAAAGGAAUAGGUGCAGAUGUAGUAGGUAAGAUUCCCAAAAGGAAAGAGGAAACACUUUCUCUUAAAGAGAGGACACAGGAACAAACAGAGAUGAGAAAUCUGGGCAAUCCUGACUUCCACGACAGCCUUGACAGCAUUUUGGAAGACUCCUUUAUGCGUCUGCCUCUCUUACCCAGAGCCUCCACUUCUAUCUUAGAGUUUCAAAAGACAUCAUCAAGUACACAGCAGAAUGUUGGUUUUGCAAGUACCAGAGUUUCAUCUGUCACAUCAUCUUCACUGAAGUCAGGGCAAGACAGUUCUUCAUGCACUGUAGUGAGCAGCCCUACUGGUAGCACUUCUCAAUCUCCAGCGUUUUAUGCUCAGGAUAAAAGAAGUGUCAAUGAACUGGAGGUUCCAGGAGAAAGAAAAUUUUGUUACAAAAACACCCUGCUAGUCGACAGGGCCUCUUCCCCUAUUCUUACUCUUAGUGCUAGCCCCAGCAGCCAGGCUGCUUAUAACAAGUCCAUCUGCCCUACUAAGGAACCUCUUGGAUAUCCCAAUGAUGUUUCAAGUCCCCUUCACAACGAGAGCAAGCAGAGGGCGGGUGCACAGUGCAGCAGGCAACCUCAUGUGGACAACUUUUCACAGACAGAGGCAGACAGUGAAUCUAGUGCUUCUAGAGAACACAAGAGCAUGAGAAACAAAUCUGGAAGCUUCUCAGAUAAGAAAGCAGCCAAAGAGCUUUUAGGACGGGAUGGUUCAAAAGACCUGGAACGGCAGCAUAGACUGACGGUCAACACCCGCACUACCAUUUGUGCCAAGCGACUGUAUCACUCUAGUGGUACUUUGGAGGUGUCGGGCCACAGGGAAGUUUUGACAAGUGAUCUCAGAGACCACAGUCCACUGGCACGGUCGCUUCGUUGUAUGUAUGUCACGAGGGGAGGAAAGGGUGCUUCAGCUGGAACUGGACACGAAAAGCCUGUUGGUAAUCCUGAUAGUGCUUCGAUUCACUACUCCUCACCUCCAAAUGCCAACUUCCUUUUUAAUCAAAGAAUUAGCGCCACUUGUUCAAGUAAGACAAACGCUGGCACGUCCUCAGAAUCUCUGGUAGAAACAUCUUCUCUACAAUUCCACGAUUUCUCCUGGCACAAUGAAAGCAGCUGCCCUCCCCCACCCUCCGCUGGGAGCGAUGUGCAGACGUCUUUCCAAGAUGACAAUACAGACUGCGUCACCGAAAGCGACUGUGACACUGAAGUUCCUCUCCACAAGAACAGUACUUUUGCAAAGCUUUACAGGCCCCGGAGCUACAGUCUGCGUGACUUGCCCGUACACAAUAAAUUCAGCAACUGGUGUGGUGUCAAGGGCAGCUCUCCUCCUUCGUCGCUCAGCUGGAGCGACAGCGCAACCGAUCUCCGAAGUCCGGCUGGAAGGAAGCCUGGAAGCACAGCAGCGGAAGGGAACUCCCAGCUCUGGGACAGCAGGAGCAGAGAGAUCGAGAGGCUCCAGCGAGAGCGUGCUCAGAUCAUGUCUGGCAUUCACCUGGACCUGCACCAGCACCCCCUCACCGUGGAGCUGGCCGAGGCAAAGCUCAACUACGGCAUCGGGGAGACGGACGCCCUCCUGAGGCUGCUGCAGAGCGGGGCCGCCGAGGAGCCGCUGGCGAGGGGGCCUCUGGGGGAGCCGCUGCCCCGGCCGGUCAGGCAGCAGCUCUACGAGAGACACAUGAGGACUAUUGAAACUCUGAGGAAGGAAAGAGAAAAACGGCUCCAAAGAUACCAAAGAAGCCGAAGUCUGAGUCCUCAGAAGCAUUUGAGUCUGCUGCAGACACUGGAUGCAAGUCAGAAGGAUCUAGAUCUGCCCAGCAGACGCCGAGAGUAUCUGCAGCAGCUGAGAAGGGAUGUGGUGGCAAAUACCAGAGUUCAAGAACCAAAAAGAAGAAGCAUUCAGCACCCCUCAGACAUUGAACUGUUGCUCCGAGACUACCAGAGGGCACGAGAGGAAACCAAAACUGAGAUUGCACGAGCCAGGGACAAACUUCGGGAGAGAGCUGAGCAGGAGAAGCGGCGCCUGCGGGAGCAGCUCUCCUCCCAGCUGCAGAGGGAAGAAGCGAGGCUGAAGACUCUUGCAAGUACAAGCACUUUAUGUACAGACUCCAGCCUCAGCCUCUCCUCUGGCCCAACAUCUGGUUACAACAGCAGUAACACUGCCACGUACACUGCCAGUAACCCCAGCAGCCAGGAGGCACAGGUUUCUUCUGGAACUGCAUUGCUUUCAAGAGACACACGAGGUCGUUCAGCUGUUAGAAACAGUCAGCUUUAUGUGUUAGAGCAACUACAGAAGGAUUCAACAUCUGAGGCCAGCAGAAUUCAGCCACCCCUUCCCUCUAGUAGCAUCAGCUGUGGGUUCACUCAUGGAUUAACUAUUUCUGCCAGCUCCUCUUCAACAAAAGGAUACCAAGAUUUAUCCAAACAUGUCUUGGCUAAUGCUACCACCGAGGUGAUGGCAGCAUGCUCUCAUGACCUGAGGAAUCUCUACAUGUGCCAAGCAGCAGCUGGUUGGAAAUACCAGUGUACAGAAAAAGAGGUGCUGGUUUACUACAAAGUCUUCCCUUCAGCAACGAGGCACGGGUUUCUGGGAGCAGGAGUCAUAGAAAGGCCUCUCCCCAGCGUGUGGGGCCUAGUGAGAGACCCUGGCAAAAGGCACCUGUACGACAGAACGAUCAACACAGCUCGGGUGCACAGGAAGGUGACCAGCCACAUUCAGCUGGUAUACUUAGUGACUGACACCUCCCUGUGUUACCUAAAGCAGCCCCGGGAUUUCUGCUGCAUUACUGUAGAAGCCAAAGAGGAGAACUUGUCAGUCCUGGCUGUCCAGUCUGUCCAUGACACGUCCAUGCCUCACCCCUGCAAAGAAGUGGUGAGAGGGGAGAUUCUGCCAAGUGCUUGGAUCCUGGAACCUGAUGUAGUGAAUGGAAGAGAUAUCACCAGAGUCAUCUACAUGGCACAGGUGGAGCUGGGUGCCCCGGCCGUCCCCGCGCGGCUCCUGAGCUCCAUGGCCAAGCGGCAGCCC